GGUUUGAACACGUCAGACCAUGCAACCACCUACCUGGAGAAUGAACCAAUCGCAAUGCUGUGUUUUGAGUUUCUGUGUUUUGAGUUGUCAGACAAGCGAUGUAGUUCAGUGGAUGUUGUCAGUGAAUUUAUGUGAAUAGUUGGCAUUUGUUAUCGUUAUUCCCAUGGGUUUCCUUUCGAUAGUAAAACGAACUAGCGUUAUAGCAUGCAUCACGUUAUCAUUUAUCGUAGUAGCAGCGGAAGAUGACAGUGUACCGAAGCUUCCUUACUGCAACCCCGAGGACAGUGCAAAAUCUUAUGACAAGUUAGUAUAUGUAAGCACACUAGAUGGCUCGUUAUCAGCCCUUAAUUUGGAAGAUGGCUUUUUGGCCUGGAGCAUUGAAACUGGGCCUGGACCAAUGCUUUCUUCUAGCAUCCAUAGACGAGAGCUAUCAAAUAAUGGACACUGGGUGAGAAUGAUUCCAUCGUUAAGUGGUGGUCUGUAUAAAUUUAAUGGUGAAAGUAUUGAAGCAGUACCGAUAACAGCUGACAACUUGCUCCAAUCUUCUUCAUUCAUUUUUUCAGAUGAUCUGCUAAUUGCAGGUGGAAAGGAAAGCAGAACAUACGGUGUUGAAGUGAAAACCGGGAAGCUGUUGUAUGAGUGUUCAAUGAAAGGAUGCACAAAUUAUACUAAGGAGAACUCUUACAGCCAAGAUGUUAUUGUUGUACAACGUCAGACACAGACGGUCAGGGCUGUGGAAGCUCGCUCGGGUGAGGAGCGUUGGAAUUUUAGUGUUGGUCAGCAUGACAUAAAAUACAUGAGAGAAAAUGGUGGUGAUUGUGGAGGUGCUGCUAGUGUUGACGUCACACUGCCUUUUGAACUAAAGAUCAUUGUACCAAGUGGUUUCAUAUGUGCUGUGAGCAAAGAAAAACCAGAGAAAAUUAUUUGGAAACAUAAGUUUGAUUCACCAAUUGUUACUGCAUGGCUUAUGAGAGAUGGGAAAGCAGAAACACUAGAUCUUUUCAGUGGAAGUCAAUGGUCGUCGCCGUAUCGAGAUUCUGGUGGAGUAGUGUCACCUUCAUUGUAUCUUGGAAUGCACAAAAUGCAGCUUUAUGUGCAGGAGAGUGUGACAGUCCAAAAGAAAUACGGUGAGAUUGGAAAUUUCAUUGCUGUGGACUCAGACUAUCCCCGUAUCCCAUGGAAUCCUAUACCAGCCACUGGAGCCCUUUUAGGUGUAGAAGAUUCACAUUCAAAAGAGGAAACUGCUUUACAGCCACUAGAUGCUUCUGCCACAGCUCUUUCAGUGCUGUAUGGUACAGAAUAUGUCAAUGGAAAUGGCUAUUACCUGUUCUCUGAGGAAGAGACAAAGAGGACUCAGAGUAUGCAAUGCAGUAUGUCUGGGAAAGAUAACAGCACAAUUGUUGCCAAGGACAUUGAAGUUGAUGAAGAAACUCCUGUGCAAGUUAUUAUAGUUUCUCUUUGGUAUUGGUGGAAAGAAGUUACCAUAAUCAGCAUAUCGACUGCAGUGUUGCUGAAUCUACUAACACAGAGGUUUCGGAGCAUAUUAAAGAAAACGGCGGCAUGUGCACAAGUUUCCAACCAGGCACAAACAGUUUUGGAAAAGCCUUCAGAACAACAUGAUUCUGGAGUAGAUGUGCGGCUGGCACCACGAAGUUACUCGGAGCCGGGUUUGCUGUUGAAUGAAUCUCAUGGUUUUGUCUCACGUUACCUUACAGACUUUGAGCCAAUACAGUGUCUAGGAAGAGGUGGCUUUGGAGUGGUUUUUGAAGCUAAGAAUAAGAUAGACGACUGCCGAUAUGCUAUAAAGCGGAUAACACUUCCAGAUAACCACGAGUCACGGGAACGUGUGAUGCGCGAAGUGAAGGCACUUGCAAAACUUGACCACCAUCACAUUGUUCGAUAUUUUAAUGCCUGGGUUGAGUGUCCCCCACCAGGCUGGCAGCAGCAACAUGACAGUGUAUUUGUUAAACCUCUUUUACAAGAUGCUACAUCUAUUGACCUUUCUCAGCUGAGCAAAGAUUUACACUCUACCUCAGAGUAUGCACGACUGUAUGGGCUACCCACGAAGACAAUGAAGACAGGUGCUCAAGAUAGCCGUUGGACGGCAUCUGAGACUACCACCAAAGGUGCCAAUAUUUGCAGAUCAGCAAGUGACGAAGAUGAUUCAUUCAUUGUAUUUGAGGAUUCGAAGGAAAAACAGAAUGCAGAUGAGUUAUUAACUUCAUUUGACAAUGAAAUUAGUGAACAGGGACAAGGUGACAGCAUUAUCUCUGUAGGCUCAGACUAUGAUAGUAGUCAGACGAGCUGUGAUGUGACCUCAAGAAGACCAGCAUCACUAAACAUACGUGGAGAUGGUAGUAUCAUGGCCAGUCCAUCAACAUCUGUGUUCCUAUACAUCCAAAUGCAACUAUGCCACCGUGAAAGCCUAAGGGAAUGGUUAUGUGAUAAUGUGUCCUCUAGAGAUCAGCAUAAAGUUCUUGUAAUGUUUGAACAGAUUGUGCAGGCAGUGGAAUAUGUUCACCUCCAAGGCCUUAUACACAGGGAUCUAAAGCCUUCCAACAUAUUCUUUUCAUUGAACGGCCAAAUUAAGGUUGGAGACUUUGGUCUUGUUACUGCAAUGGUAGAGAAUGUUACGGAGAAAAAAACGUUCCAUGACACCAUUCAACAAUCAUAUGAAAGAAUGCAUGAGAAGCACACUGCACAAGUCGGAACAGAGACAUAUAUGAGCCCAGAGCAGCUGAAUGGCCUCCCAUAUGAUUACAAGGUAGAUAUAUACUCCUUGGGUCUGAUAUUUUUUGAACUUCUGGUGCCAUUUGCAACACAGAUGGAAAGGCACAGGACAUUGAUGAAUUUGCGUGAAAAUAAAUUUCCAACUGACUUCCAGAAGAAAUUUCAAGAUGAGUACAUGCUGUUACAACUUAUGUUAUCCCACAUACCUGAAGAGCGACCAACAACAUUUGGAAUAAGGGCUCGACCACCGCUUGACAAGUUCUCAGAAGGAAGAUGGCCAGCUAGUGGAGAUGAUGCCUUACAUUUCAGUUUACCUUCUCGGAUGAAAACUAAAUCAUUUUCUAAUAGUUCCAGUGUGGAGUCGUGGGAUGUUACCUAGUACUGUAGUUGUGCGUGGUCUGAAAAACUGUUAUUACGACUUCCUUAUUUAAAUGUUCUGCAAGUACUAGAUAAGCAAAACUGCUGUAAAUAGUGUAUAUAUACUUUUUGUAUAUAUUUUUGUAGGAAAAUAGCUGCCCAAGAUUUUAGAAACUAUUUUACACAGAGAAAUUGUGCAAGGUUGCAUGAGUGACAGUACGAGAAAUCUACUAAGUGCUAAAUCCUCACGAGGAAAUCGGAGAACUUUGCAUUGCAUAACCAAGUCAUAAUGUGCCUUCCCUCACUGUCAACAUUAUGAGAACAGUCUCAAAUGAUAUGGGCUAUGUCACAUUCGAUAAACAAGACUGUUUAGUUGUAUUCAGCUGGUCUGAGUUGUUUUACAUUCCAUUGUCAUUAAGUGCCAAAACAGCACUGCAGUUUGUGCAUCAGUAUUGUUGUGUAUUACUUUUUGUUUAAUACUUACAGUUUUUGUAUUUGUGUGUGCAGCUGAGAAGCAGCAUCCUUUUCACUUAAAAUUCGUCUGCCAUGCUCCUAUAGGACAGAUAGAUACCACCAAAUACAACUGGUAGUUGUUUUGAGGGAAAAGUAAUGCGUUCUAAAGCCAUCAGAUCAUUCUUGUCUAAGAUUUUGCUAAUUGCAAAAAGAGUGUGAGUGCCUCUUUUGCUCACUAUCUUACCGCCUUCAGAACAGUUGGAUAACAUAAAAGUUGAUUUUCACAGUUACCUAUCUUCUGUUUUUCCAUGCUUCGUUGAAUGUUAUUUCGUAUGGUUGCUAUAAUUUUAAUUUGGUAAAAGCAAACAGUCACAAUAAAUUAGAUCUUUUAGUACUUAAUAGCUGGAUUUGCUUCAGCAACAGCAAGCUUUAAGAACAAGUCAUUUCACUUAAACUAUCCUCUGACUGACACACACAUUGGUUUGUUCAAAAACAUAUUUUUUUUUUUUUUUUUAAUGAGUAA